AUGCCUGCCCCUGGAGCCUUCCUCUUCCUCGCGGCCGUCUCCGCCUCCGGCUGCCUGGCGUCCCCGGCCCACCCCGAUGGAUUCGCCCUGGGCCGGGCCCCUCUGGCUCCUCCCUACGCCGUGGUCCUCAUUUCCUGCUCCGGUCUGCUGGCCUUCAUCUUCCUCCUCCUCACCUGUCUGUGCUGCAAACGGGGCGAUGUGGGCUUUAAGGAGUUUGAGAACCCCGAAGGGGAGGAUUGCUCCGGGGAGUACACUCCCCCAGCAGAGGAGACCUCCUCCUCCCAGUCGCUGCCUGAUGUCUACAUUCUCCCGCUGGCCGAGGUCUCCCUGCCCAUGCCUGCGCCGCAGCCUUCACAUUCAGACAUGACCACCCCCAUAGGCCUUAGCCGCCAGCACCUCAGCUACCUGCAAGAGAUUGGGAGCGGCUGGUUCGGGAAGGUGAUCCUGGGGGAGAUUUUCUCAGACUACACCCCAGCCCAGGUGGUGGUGAAGGAGCUGCGGGCCAGCGCGGGGCCGCUGGAGCAGCGCAAGUUCAUCUCGGAGGCUCAGCCCUACAGGAGCCUGCAGCACCCCAACGUCCUGCAGUGCCUGGGCGUCUGCGUGGAGACCCUGCCUUUCCUGCUGAUCAUGGAGUUCUGUCAGCUGGGGGACUUGAAGCGCUACCUCCGCGCCCAGCGGCCCCCCGAGGGCGUGUCCCCGGAGCUGCCCCCGCGCGACCUGCGGACGCUGCAGCGGAUGGGCCUGGAGAUCGCGCGGGGGCUGGCGCACCUGCACUCCCACAACUACGUGCACAGCGACCUGGCCCUGCGCAACUGCCUGCUGACCUCUGACCUCACCGUGCGCAUCGGCGACUACGGGCUGGCCCACAGCAACUACAAGGAGGACUACUACCUGACCCCCGAGCGCCUGUGGAUCCCGCUGCGCUGGGCGGCGCCCGAGCUGCUGGGCGAGCUGCACGGCACCUUCAUGGUGGUGGACCAGAGCCGCGAGAGCAACAUCUGGUCCCUGGGGGUGACGCUGUGGGAGCUGUUUGAGUUUGGGGCGCAGCCCUACCGCCACCUGUCCGACGAGGAGGUCCUGGCCUUCGUGGUCCGCCAGCAGCACGUCAAGCUGGCCCGGCCCCGGCUCAAGCUGCCCUACGGGGACUACUGGUACGACAUCCUGCAGUCCUGCUGGCGGCCGCCCGCCCAGCGCCCCUCGGCCUCGGACCUGCAGCUGCAGCUCACCUACCUGCUGUCCGAGCGGCCCCCGCGGCCCCCGCCGCCCCCGCCCCCGCCCCGGGACGGCCCGUUCCCCUGGCCCUGGCCCGCCACCCACAGCGCGCCCCGCCCGGGCACCCUGUCCUCGCCGUUCCCGCUGCUGGACGGCUUCCCGGGCGCCGACCCCGACGACGUGCUGACGGUCACCGAGAGCAGCCGCGGCCUCAACCUGGAGUGCCUGUGGGAGAAGGCGCGGCGGGGCGCCGGCCGGGCCGGGGGCGCGGCCUGGCAGCCGGCCUCCGCGCCCCCCGCCGCCCACGCCAACCCCUCCAACCCCUUCUACGAGGCGCUGUCCACGCCCAGCGUGCUGCCCGUCAUCAGCGCCCGCAGCCCCUCCGUGGGCAGCGAGUACUACAUCCGCCUGGAGGAGCACGGCUCCCCGCCCGAGCCCCUCUUCCCCAGCGACUGGGACCCCCUGGACGCGGGCGUGCCGGCCGCCCAGGCCCCCCAGCCGCCCUCCGAGGUGCCCCAGCUGGUGUCCGAGACCUGGGCCUCCCCCCUCUUCCCGGCGCCCCGGCCCUUCCCGGCCCAGGCCGCGGCCGGCGGCUUCCUCCUGAGCGGCUGGGACCCCGAGGGCCGGGGCGCGGGGGAGACCCUGGCGGGGGACCCUGCCGAGGUGCUGGGGGAGCGGGGGGCCGCGUGGGCCGAGGAGGAGGAAGAGGAGGAGGAGGAGGAGGAGGGCAGCUCCCCGGGGGAGGACAGCAGCAGCCUGGGGGGCCCGGGCCGCCGCAGCCACCUGCCCUGCCCGCUGUGCAGCCGGGAGGGCGCCUGCUCCUGCCUCCCGCUGGAGCGCGGCGAGGCGGUGGCCGGCUGGGGGGGCCACCCCGCGCUGGGCUGUCCCCACCCCCCCGAGGACGACUCGUCCCUGAGGGCCGAGCGGGGCUCCCUGGCCGACCUGCCCCUGGCCCCCCCCUCCUCGGCCCCCCCCGAGUUCCUGGACCCCCUCAUGGGGGCCGCGGCGCCCCAGUACCCCGGGCGGGGGCCGCCCCCCGCUCCCCCCCCCCCGCCGCCGCCUCCCCGGGCCCCCGCGGACCCCGCCGCGUCCCCAGACCCCCCUUCGGCCGUGGCCAGUCCCGGCUCAGGCCUGUCGUCCCCGGGCCCCAAGCCGGGGGACAGCGGCUACGAGACCGAGACCCCUUUUUCCCCCGAGGGAGCCUUCCCCGGUGGGGGGGCGGCCGAGGAGGAAGGGGUCCCUCGGCCGCGGGCUCCCCCCGAGCCCCCCGACCCGGGAGCGCCCCGGCCGCCCCCAGACCCGGGUCCCCUCCCGCCGCCGGGGGCCCGGGAGAAGCCGACCUUCGUAGUCCAAGUGAGCACCGAGCAGCUGCUGCUGUCCCUGCGGGAGGACGUGACGCGGAGCCUCCUGGGCCAGAGGGCGGCCCCCCGAGACCCGGGGCCCCGGAGAGCGGGCAGAGGCCCCGGGAACCCGGAGAGAGCCCCGGGCCCCAGCGGGGACCCCGCAGCCCCGGGCAGCGGGAAGACGGCCCCCAGCCCGAGCAGCGCGGACCCGAGCCUCCCCGCGAACGGGGUGACAGUGCUGGAGAACGGGGCGCAGACACCCCCCGGCACCCAGGAGAAGGUGGCCGAGAACGGGGGCCCGGAGCUCCCGGGGAGCGAGGAGACGGCGCUGGAGAAUGGGGAGCUGACGCCCCCAAGGAGGGCGGCGGAGACGGCGCUGGAGAAUGGGGAGCUGAGGUCCCCGGAGAGGGGAGAGACAGCGCUGGCGAAUGGGGGGCCGACACCCCCAAAGACGGAGGAGACGGUGUCAGAGAAUGGGGGCCCGAGGCCCCCCAGGAACCCCGAGAGGCCGCCGCUGGAGACUGGGCCUCGGAGAGCCCCGGGGCCCUGGGAGAAGACGCCCGAGAGUGGGGGGGCAGCCCCCACGACCCCCACGAUCGGGGAGCCGGCCCCCGAGACGCCGCAGCCGGAGAGAGCCCCCCCGCCCGGCCCGGCGGCCUCGGCCCCGAGCGGCGGGGAGACGGCCCCUGGCCCCCCUGGCCCGGCCCCCAGGAGCGCGGCGUCGGAGCUGGGGACCAAGAGGAGAGCCCCCGAGACUGGGGGGGCGCCGAGAGCCCCCGGGGCUGGGAGGCCGGACCUCGGGAGUGGGGGCCGAGCCCCAGCGGGCACGGGGACGGCCCCCGGCGGCGGCCUCGGAAGCGGCGCGGACGCAAAGGCAGGGUGGGCCGACAGCUCGAGGCCGCAGCCGCCGCUGCCGCUGCCGCCGCCCCCGACGGAGGCCCCGCUGAGGAGGCCGGAGCCCGCGCCCCCGAAGGCCAGGCCGGAGGCGGCCCCCGAGGGCGAGGCCGGGGCGCCCGGCAGCAGGCCCGGAGGAGACCCAGCACCCAGCGCAGACGGGGACCCCCCCAAGCCCGAGAGGAAGGGCCCCGAGAUGCCGCGGCUGUUCUUGGACUUGGGACCCCCUCAGGGGAACAGCGAGCAGAUCAAAGCCAAGCUCUCCCGGCUCUCGCUGGCGCUGCCGCCGCUCACGCUUACGCCGUUCCCGGGGCCGGGCCCGCGGCGGGCCCCGUGGGAGGCCGCGGACGGCGGGGCGGCUGGCGGGGAGGCCGGCGGGGCGGGGUCGCCGGGGCCGGCGGAGGAGGACGGGGAGGACGAGGACGAGGAGGAGGAGGAGGACGAGGCGGCGGGCGUGGCGGCGGGGCCGCGGGGCCCCGGGAGGUCCCGGGCAGCCCCGGUGCCGGUCGUGGUGAGCAACUCCGACGGGGACGCGGCCCGCCCGUUGCGGGGGCUGCUCAAGUCGCCGCGCGGGGCCGACGAGUCCGAGGACAGCGAGCUGGAGAGGAAGCGCAAGAUGGUCUCCUUCCACGGGGACGUGACCGUCUACCUCUUCGACCAGGAGACGCCGACCAACGAGCUGAGCGUCCAGGGGCCCCCCGAGGGGGACUCGGACCCGUCCACGCCGCCAGCGCCCCCGACGCCUCCCCACCCCGCCACCCCCGGAGAUGGGUUUCCCAGCAACGACAGCGGCUUUGGAGGCAGUUUCGAAUGGGCGGAGGAUUUCCCCCUCCUCCCCCCGCCAGGGCCCCCCCUGUGCUUCUCCCGCUUCUCCGUCUCGCCUGCGCUGGAGACCCCGGGGCCCUCCACGCGGGCCCCCGACGCCAGGCCCGCAGGCCCUGUGGAGAACUGA